AUGAAUUGGUUAAUCAUUCUAGGUUUGAUUUAUUUGUGUUAGGCUGAGCAUUUUCUAUACGAAUCAGAGACAGGAGUUUCAAUUCAAAAUAUCAUUAAUAAAGAUGUAGAUAUAAAUAUCAAAUUCAAAAAACAAUUCUCAAGAACUCCGAAGAUUGCUUAUUCGAUUAGUUUAUUGGAUAUGAGUGGUUCUUCAUUCAUGAGUGAAAUUUUGAAUGUUAAUUAAUAAGGUUUCACCAUAAGAGUUAAAGGAGAUCAUAUUGAUUAAAUCUCAUAUAAUUGGAUGGCCACUGAUAAUCCUUUAGUUCACAUUGAAUAUGUUAAGUCAUAAGAAUCAGAAAUCUAAUUGCCUCUAUUCAAUUAUGAUAGUGAUACAACUCCUCUAGUUAAUUCGUAUUUGGUUGGAGCCACCUUUUAAGACAAGAAAUAAUUCAAUCAGGAAAUAGUCGAAUUAAAUAAAGACAUUGUAAAAAUUGCAGCAAGUGGUGCCAAAGAAUUCAAGCUUUGUCUUCUUAUAUCCAACUUCGAGAACAGUUUCAAGACUGAUGAUUUGGGAAUCAUUGUAGAUUCUGAUGAUCACACAUGGUUUUCAACUUCUAAAGACGCAUAAAAGAUAUUGGUCUCUUCAUAUGAAAUCCCAAAUGACAUUGUAGAUUUUGUGUAAUUGAUGGGUAUUUCAGGAUUUACAUCCUUAAGCGAUCACAUUAGAAUAGAAGUAAAUGAAGAAUAGGAGAAUGAUGACAAUCAAAUCAAAGUUGAAUUUGGAACUUGGGACGAAUCAACCAUUAAAUCACUUAGCUUUUAUGGAUUUUAUAUUGGUAAUCAAGAAGUUAAAUAUUAUGAUUAAAAUUGUGCUUAUUUAUAUAGUGAUUGUGAUUAUCAAGGAUAAGAGGUCAAGAUUUGUGAUAAUAAAGCUAAGUUAGAUUACAAUGGAUAAAUUAAAAGUAUCAAAUUACCCAAAGAUGCUGUGUUCACUCUAUAUGGAAAGGAAGAGUUCGAGGGUAAAAGAUUUAGAAUUGAAUCCAGUAAAUCUUGUAUGGAUGCAUUGUAUCUUGGAAAAUGAGGAUUUACAUAUAAUGCAAAAAUUAAUCAGGAUACCAAUAUUAUUUUCAG